AUGGAAGGAAAUGUGUUUACUCGCGCAUUGGAUGGAGUAAAACAUGUUAGAUCCGAAGAGGGAAGUGUACUCACCAAGCCCUUCUUGGAUUUGUGCAAACUACUUUUACCCCUUAUAGAUAAAUUUGGCUCACAAAUGUCAUGCAUAAAGGCUGACGUCGUGAGUAACAUUAUGAAAUUAGAAUCAAAAUAUGCCUCUAACCCUUCGAGAUACAGAAACUUAUAUACUAUGACAAAAGAGGAGGUUGAAUCUAAGAUAGCAAGGAAUUCAUCAAGUUGCACUAACGCACUUGUUUGGUUAAACAGGGCGAUGGAUUUUAUGGUACAUCUAUUUCACAACCUAUUAGAGCAUCCAGAAUGGUCCAUGACACAGGCUUGUACAGAUUCUUACAAAAGGACAUUGAAAAAGUGGCAUGGUUGGGUGGCAAUGUCAACUUUUAAGGUGCUCAUUAAGCUUGCUCCAGACAGGAAGAAGUUUAUGUGUUCAAUAGGUGGGAGUGACGAAGUUAAUGUUGAGAUCGAAAAAUUAUGUAGAAAUUUUGCCUCAGUACUUGAAGACAAUCAUAGGUUUUUGGCUAGUUUUGGAGUAGACGAUCUUAAAGCUCCCUGAUGUGUUGUUAAAUUGUGGCGUGUGUAAAAUUGAGAAAAUUUAUGUACAGCUCUUUUUGAACAGUAUUCCUCUUACCACAACUAAUUGCUUUGAGUAGCCUUUUGUGUCACUCUUGUAACAAAAAAUUAAAAUGUAAUUAGUCAUGUAAUACGCGUGGUUAGGCAUACUAAAACCUCUUUCUUUUUUCCUUUUUUUUUUUUUUACCAUAUUAGAUAUCUCUAUUCGAUAUGGAAAAAGGGGUAGGACACCAAAAUAUUAGAAAUCCCAUUUUACCCUCAUAAUAUCUCUAUUAUA